AAUUACCAGCAGUCUUUGCGAGAGUCUUGGGAUGUGAAGAUUGAUAUUUGAGGAGGGCAAAUUUUCAAAGCGUUCACUUGAGCCGAGAAUGCCGGUGAAAGUUGACGUAGUACCACCACCACCCGCAAAUUCAAAGCAGCCGGGUGUCACAAAAUCUUUACUUUACAAUGGUUCACGGUUUCAAGGUUCUCAGAAGUCUAAGGGUAACAGUUACGACGUAGAAGUAGUUUUGCAGCACGUGGACGAAGAAAAUAGUUAUUUAUGUGGAUAUUUAAAAAUUAAGGGCCUUACGGAAGAGUUUCCCACGCUUACCACAUUUUUUGAUGGUGAAAUUAUAUCUAAGAAAUAUCCAUUUCUAACACGUAAAUGGGAUGCAGAUGAAGAUGUUGAUAAGAAACAUUGGAGUAAAUUCGAGUCAUUUUGUCAAUAUGCGAAAACAUUUAAUUCAGAUACAUUUGAUUAUGAAGCUCUGAAGGGAACUGAUUUUGUUUUUAUGAGGUGGAAGGAACAUUUUUUGGUUCCUGAUCAUACUAUUAAAGACAUCAAUGGUGCUUCGUUUGCAGGAUUUUAUUAUAUUUGUUUUCAAAAAUCUGCUGCCACGAUUGAGGGUUUUUAUUAUCAUCGUAGUUCUGAAUGGUAUCAAUCUUUGAAUUUAAAACACGUUCCAGAACAUAGCAUACAAAUCUAUGAAUUUAGGUGAAAUCGAUGAUUUAUUCAAUUUCAAACCCAUAUUUUGCCUAUCCUAGCAUACAGAUCUCAUAAAAAUCAUAAUCCUUGAACUAAUUUAAAUCGAUUGAUACGGAUAACAAUUUUUUAAAUUGUUUUCAAAGGAAAUUAUUUGGUACGAAGACUAUUUUUAGUUAAUUUUUGUUUUAAUAUGCAAUAUAUAUUGAAUAUUAUAUACUUUUUAUGAACAUUAGACACGUUAUACAAAGGAAGUCGUAUUAGAAAGUUGACAAGAAUUGCAGUCAUUGAUACGCUUGAUUAUAAAUUAGUUCUUAAUGAUAUUCAGUGUAAGAUGUUUUAUUGAAAUAAAUUUAUCGAUGAUUUUUGUCUAUUAAAACUAAUGUUGUUAAUUAUUUGAUAUUUUUACAUACUAUAAGAUUGUAAUAUCAUUUAUGAGUGUUAAAUGUACCCUGUAGUUCACCAAGGGUAUUUCUUCUCUUGUUUAAUGUUAUCGAAUCAUAAAAAUCUUAUUUAAUUAAAUUAUAUAUUAAAAAGAAGGUAGUAAUAUAAUAAAAACUAAAAAUGCAUUAGUUGUAUUAGAAUUGCAUGUUAUAGAGUAUAAUGUACAAAUUUAAAUAUCGUGAAAUUUAUUUCUUAAACAGUAUACAGAUGUUUAUGAGAUCUGGAAUUAAUGUGGAUGUAGUGAAUGGAAUCAAAUUGGAACAUUAAGAUAACUUUAACAUUAUCUUAAGAUAUUUCUCUCUUGUAUCAACGCGAUACUAAUUCUAAUAAAUGUUGAAUACUGAUUAAUCAAUCAGUCUGCUUAAACCGAA